CUUAACUUUACAAGCUCAUCGAAGCUCAAAAAUAAUACUCUCUUCGUUCCAUUCCAAGUCACCUUCUCACUUCCACCAUUACCCACAACAUACAAACAAUCCAGAAGCACCAUCUUCAACUCUCACCCCAACUUGUAUGCUCCGCAACGCCGUUAAAAUGGCCGAAACAACCGCCGCAAAGCGUCUCAAGACAGACAUCUCCAUCGGCACCCACAACGGCCACUUCCACGCCGACGAAGCCCUCGCAGUUUACAUGCUGCGUCUCCUCCCCGCCUACCAAUCCGCCAGCCUGAUCCGCACGCGCGACCCCGCCCUCCUCGCAACCUGCCACACCGUCGUCGACGUCGGCGGCGAAUACGACGCCACCCGCAACCUCUACGACCACCACCAACGCACCUUCACCACCACCUUCCCCAACCGCCCCACCAAGCUCUCCUCCGCGGGGCUGGUAUACAUGCACUUCGGGAAAGCGAUCAUCGCGCAGCACCUUGGCGUCGAGGAGUCGGCGGAUGAAGUCAUGAUCCUCUGGAAUAAGAUCUACGAGGACUUCAUUGAAGCCCUCGACGCACACGACAACGGCAUUAGCGCCUAUUGCCCCAAGGCCCUCCAGGCCGCGGGCAUCGAGAAGCGCUUCUCCGAUGGGGGAUUCACCCUAGGUGCCAUGGUCGGCCGUCUGAACCCCAACUGGAACGACCCCCGCCCCUCCCAGCCAGCCGCGUGGCAGGCAAUCGAGGACGAGAAGUUCGCCAAGGCAUCCACCAAGAUCGGCGCCGAGUUUAGCAGCACCCUCGACUACCUUACCAAGUCAUGGCUCCCAGCUCGCGAGAUCGUCCGCGGCGCCUUCGCAAAACGACUCGAUUACGACGCCCAAGGCAGGAUCUUAGUUUUCGACGGCCAGUCCGUGCCAUGGAAAGACCACCUCUACAAACUUGAAUCCGAGCAGGGCGGGGAUGAGAAGGUCGUCUACGUGCUGUACCCCGAGAGCCCGGUGGCGGGCGCGAAAUGGCGUAUCCAAGCUGUUAGCGUGACGACGGACUCGUUUGAGAGCCGUAAGCCGUUGCCGGAGAACUGGAGGGGGUUCAGGGAUGAGGCGCUGGAUGGAAUUACGGGGGUGCCGGGGGGGGUGUUUGUGCAUGCUGCGGGGUUUAUUGGGGGGAAUAAGACGUUUGAGGGGGCUAUUGCGAUGGCGAGGAAGGCGUUGGAGUAGAGGAGGGGAUAGGGAUGGGGAUGGGGAAAUGGAUGGGAUGAUGUACAUAGUUGAACUAAGGGAUCAAUGCACGGCGUUGGGCUCUGGCAAAAGAAAGGAUGGCACUUGCUAGCUCACCACAAAAACCAAAACAGAGAAUCGUGACAGAAUACUCUAUGCCUUAACUCUGGAGGUUCACAUUCAGUAGAGCGUUUACUGCGAUCAUGACUAGCACAUUAAUA